UAUUUGCUGUUUUCUUUAGAGGUUGUGGGUUAAGUACACAUGGGAAUACGCGAAAAUAAAAAAAUCUGAUUUCAUAUAGUUUUGAUCUGUUAAGAAGCGACUUAGAAAAAGCUUAAUGUCUGCAUGUAGAACAUCAGCAUGUAGAAUAAAAGCAUAGAAAAAAUUGAUUUAUGAUGGAAAAUUAGUUUACAAAACAUCAAAUAUGACAAAUGGUUCUGGAUGCAUAAAAUUCAUGAGUUGAGAAAAAAAAGUCUUAAAUCUAGAACAUGAAUUGAUUUAUAAAUAUGAUGUUUUUUGUUACAUGUAUUCAGACAUAAAAUACAUAAAUCAGUUUUUUAUUAUAUUGACACAGAAACAAACGACCUACAUUUUUCAGAGUACCACUUGAUUUUAUUUCAAAUUUACAAAAUGAGCAUAAGAAAGAAACAUAUUCUUGUACUUGACAUUUCCUGAGGAAUUUGUGACAUAACUGAAACCAUCCAUCCAUCCGUCCAUCCAUCCAUCCAUCCAUCCAUCCAUCCAUCCAUCCAGGUUUGGAAGCAGGUCAUUCCAGACGUCCUUCUCCCCAGUACUGCUUUCUAGUUCCUCUUGGGGAAUCUCAAGGUGUUUCCAGGCCACAUGAGACCCUUUUGUUUCUAUCUGAGGCCUCAUCUCAAAGAGCCUCCAAAGGAAGGAGACAUCCUAAUCAGAUGGCCAGACGACUUCUGUUGGCCCCUUUUGACAUGAAGGAGCAGCAACUUUACUCUGAAAUUAAUCACAGAAAUGCUGCUCUCCACUAUUGACCACCUACCUCAUGUACAUGAGGUGUAAAUAAUACUAAUUGGUAACAACUUGAUUUGCACUCAAUUCUGGUUCACUGUGAUUUUGCACAAAGAACUCUGGUUUAAUUUAACAUGUUCUUUUACACAAAGUUGUGCACAGUAGCUAAAUGCUUAUUUUACUUCUGUAACCUGUUGCACUUGUUUAAAUGUGAGCUUGUUUGCUUUUUUGUAAGUACUUUGAUUCAGAUUCAGAUAAGAUCAGAUUCGCUUUAAUGUCAUUGCAACGAGUACAACGAAAAGUAAGGUGCAGGCCUUUCAGAGCAAAAAAAUAUUUUAAAAAUUGUUAACAACUAUAUACAACAUAAUAUAAAUAUAUAUAAACUCUAUAUAAAGAUGAUUUUAGAGCAAAGAAAACACUUGAGUCAAAUUCCUUGUAAGUGCUCACUUAUCAAUAAAGCUGAUUGAUUGAUUGGUUGUUAUUUAUACCAUAGAUACGUAUAAUAAAGUCUUUAUUACACAUAUCUAUGGUUAAUUCUGGGAGCAGAGCAGACUUUGAACCCGUUGCCAUGGCAGCGCUACUGUCUCUUUAAGAGACCCGGAAGUGCUUCUCCGCCGUGUGUUCACUGGUCGCGGGUUCCAAACAGACAGCUGAGCUCCCUCCCGGCGAUGAUCUCCCCCCCUGUGAUCCGGGCUCUCCGCGGCAGUGUGAGGUGCUGGCGACACCGGGCGGUCCUCAGAGCGGCUCUGGAGGCCUCGGACGUGGGCGGCUGGCGCUGGUACUCGACCCCACUUCGCGGCGGUGUCCCGGGUAUGGACGAGAUACUGGCGAGGGUCGUCGCACCUUUACCUUCAUACGAGACGAGAGACAAGUCCCCCCCUCCUCCCGAGUCCAACAGCCUGGAGUUCAUGCACUUCUACAAGAGUCUCGACAAGGAAGACAAAGUGGGCUUCCUGUCCAAGCUGUCGCAGGACUUCGGCGUGGACCACAGGAGCGUGUCGGAGCUCUCCGUCAAGCUGCUGGACACGCAGCUGCGCGACCAGGCGACCAUCUUACAGGUCGAGGACAGGAUCCGGUACAACCUGACUCCCCGGUACAAGCAGCUGCUCGGUCACAUAAGCAGGGUCGAGGGGGGCGUGAAGUUUCUGGUGGACCUCCGAGCUGACUUGCUUGAGAUAAUCGCGUCCAAAACAAGCGAGAGCCCGCACAUCAGGGAACUGAACGGCACGCUGAAGGGCUUGCUGUCCGAGUGGUUCUCCGUGGGUCUGCUCCGGCUUGAGAGGAUCACCUGGCAGUCGCCCUGCGAGAUCCUGCAGAAGAUCAGCCAGUAUGAAGCGGUGCACCCUGUGAGGAACUGGACGGACCUGAAGCGCCGAGUGGGACCGUACCGCCGCUGUUACGCCUUCACUCACGCCGCAAUGCCAGGAGAGCCCCUGGUUGUUCUACACGUGGCCCUCACCGAAGACAUCGCCGAUAACAUACAGAGCAUUGUCCGCGAGUUCGCCACCCUGGACUCAGAGGAGGAUGUGAAUAAGAUCAAUGCAGCCAUCUUCUACUCCAUCUCUUCGACCCAGGCUGGCCUGCAAGGAGUGGAGCUGGGCAACUACCUCAUCAAGAGGGUGGUGCGAGAGCUGCAGAGCGAGUUCCCUCACAUGGCCCAGUUCUCCAGCCUGUCGCCCAUCCCGGGCUUCUCCUCCUGGCUCCAAGGCCUGCUCGCCCAGUACAGGAAGGAGGGCCGGGGCUCCGACCUCCUCUCCGAGCAGGAGUGGCGGGAGGUGGAGCAGGCCGUCGACUCGACCCCGGGGCCGCCGACCGUCGACUCGCUCCGCAAGCUCAUCGGCACCAGCGAGUGGAUGCAUUCGGAGAGGCUGUCCGGCGUCCUGGAGCCCGUCCUGAUGCGUCUCUGCGCCUGGUACCUCUACGGGGAGAAGCGGCGAGGCUACGCUCUGAACCCGGUGGCGAACUUCCACCUGCAGAACGGCGCCACCAUGUGGAGGCUCAACUGGCACGCCGACAGCAGCCCCAGGGGCGUCGCCAACUCCUGCGGCAUCAUGGUGAACUAUCGCUACUUCCUGAGCGAGACGUCUAAAAACAGCGCGCUCUACCUGCAGAACAAGGUCAUCGCGGCGUCGGAGCAGGUGCUGGGGCUGGUGUCCCAAUUUCAGAAGAACAGCAAACUGUGAGAAAGACACGAGAACACAGCCGAUGUUCUUUUGUCGCGCUCGGCGGCAAUAACACGUCGACUGGCGAAUAUCAUUUUGUUAAAUUUGUUCUUGAUAUUAGGAACAGUUCAGCAAAUAUCCAACAAAAAAAGACAAAACAAUAGCUUGAGGAGCAUGACUAAAUGGAUGAUAUUAUUUUUGAAUUGAAAUUAGACCAUUUCUUACAUGGCGUAGCUCAUCCCAUCUGCUGUCUGCCUCAUUAGAUUUCUGGCCAAAGCUGUUUGAUAUUGUGUAAGUGAUUCCCAGGACAGCCUGCGGCUAAUGAAGCACACGGCAUCUAUCAGCGCCAUAGCAUGUUCCUGUGUGCGUCGAUGGUGGAGCAGGAGCGACGAGGGAGCGCAGCUACCACAAUAAAUGAUGCUUAGAUUCUUUCAUUUGGCUCAACUGUCUCACUGUAAACAUGUCAGAGAAUAGAGGGAGGACUGGAUUGUGCCUUUUUCCUUUUUUUUUUUUUUUUGUGGUUGGGUUUAUCUACACCUGCUGUUUCACUGCCUUCUCCCACUAAAGCUCAAUACACAAAGGUAUGAAAUCACAGACUGGAAAUAUUAUUUCAUAUUAAAUAACUCUAAACAAAA